AUGGACGGCGAAAUAACGAGUCCUAUGGACGAAGUGGUCAACGACAUGUCUGCAGGUCAUGUCCCAGAGACUAGAGUCUUGAUCAUCAUGACCGGAGGGACCAUCUGUAUGCAAAAAUCUUCAGAUGGCCUUGUUCCAGCACGGAAUUUCCUGGAGCGGUGCAUGGCGCCUCGGCCCGAGUUCAACGACGGACACAAUCAUGAUCCCAUCGAGGUCGGGUUGCACGAUGGUCCCAACGGCGUGGGCAGAUUGCAAAGUCUGAGGACACCUACUAGCGUAUACGGAAAACGUGUAAGGUAUGCCGUACUGGAAUUUGAAGAACUCCUUGAUUCGUCCUCCAUCGACAGCAGGGGUUGGACCCAAAUCGCUCAAACAAUCCAACGCAACUACAAGUUGUUUGACGGUUUUGUCGUUUUGCACGGGACGGAUAGCCUGGCGUAUACUUGUUCAGCUUUGAGCUUUAUGCUUCAGCAUCUCGGCAAGCCUGUCAUACUGACCGGAUCUCAAGUUCCAUUCGCCGAACGAAAGAACGAUGCCCUGGACAAUCUCAUGGACGCGGUAGACGUGGCAGCCCACUUUAUGAUCCCGGAAGUCUGUCUUUGCUUCAACUCUACCUUGUUCCGCGGCAACAGGUCGACCAAAAUAUCCGCCAGUGCUUUUGAUGCAUUCGCCUCUCCGAAUCUUCCUCCUUUGGCCAGAAUUACCGCCGUCGAUACCACAGUGGCAUGGAACAUGGUGACGAGACCGACAACCCUUCAAGCCUUCAGCAUCCAAACAGAUCUUGAGAUCCAUCACGUGGCGUGUUUGCGCAUUUUCCCGGGCAUCACUGCAAAAAUGGUGGACGCAGUGCUUAGAACCGAGAAUCUGCGUGGUCUGGUGCUCGAGACCUUCGGCGCUGGCAACGCUCCAAGUGGGCACGACAACGAAUUGUUCAAAGUGAUUGCUGAUGCAGUGCAGCGAGGUAUUGUCAUUGUCAAUAUCACUCAGUGCCUGACUGGAAGUGUAAAUCCACUUUAUGCGCCAGGCAUGGUUCUCGGCCGGGCUGGCGUGGUCGCAGGAGGCGACAUGACCAGCGAAGCCGCUUUGACGAAAUUAUCGUACCUUUUGGCACUACCAGGAGCGACACCGGAAUCAGUCGCCAGAGAUAUGGCGAUUUCUAUUCGGGGCGAGCUGACCGAAAAUUCCGGGAUCAUCUUCAGUCAUCCAACAGGCGAAUUGUCUUCUCCGGUCACCCAACUCACUGCUAUUGCCUAUGGCAUUGCCAGUGGUGAUAUUGACAGGGUCAAAGACGUGCUUCGGAAUGACAGCCAGCUUAUGAAUCGCCCAGACUAUUCUGGUAACACGCCAGUCCACUUGGCUGCUACAGGGUCCAGCCUAGCCAUACUUCGUUAUCUGCUGGGGUUGGGAGCAUCGGUGCACAUUCGCAACAAUGCAAGUCGGACACCGCUUUUUUUAGCCGCAAAUGCUGGUUUGAUUCCGCAUGUAAUGCUACUACGACAAGCGGGUGCACAUCUCCAUCAAGAAGAGUUACCAACUGCGAGCCUUCACGCAAGUCAGAGGCCCGAGGCCUGGAAGCAGGCUGGCUUGGAAGUUGGUCAUGAUGAUAAAACUAGGUGA